AUGCGACGUUAUUUGUCCAGCGAUCACAAAUACUUAAAUGAAGGGGAAAAUGUAAAGGAUGAAGAACAAUCGCCUUUUAUCUUUCCUUCUUGCUCGCAAACCUUGUCUCAUCUUCAAUGGUGGAAAAUGCAAAAAAAGAAAGCGAUAUCUAAACACGAUAAAAAAUUCUACAAAGAUCGACAUAAAAGUUUGCAACUCCACAAUAUUUUACAAAGAUUACAUGUGGACUUCGAGAUAGAAACAGAAGAAGCAAAAAAAUACAAAAAAUCGGAUAAAGUUAUUGCCAUGACUGAUGUGCAUCCACAGUAUUUUACAGAAUUAUCCGGUAGAUCUGUGAAAGAAAAGUUUUCGUUGAAACAGUACAUCCAAGAUAUACGAGAGAUAUUAAAAACAAAACUCCUCAUUAGUCAAGAAAAAGAUGAUUGUAUUCGCAUCGAUCAACAAUUUAAGCAAGAAACACAUCGAUUACGACAAAUCCAGUAUCGUUGUCGGCGAUACGUGAGUGGCUUCGAAGAAUUCCUGUCGAAAGAUCACGAGAAAAGUAUGCAAAUGCUGAAGCGAGCGGAAUGGGAAACGAAACUGACGGAGGAGAUUAGCGCCCGAAAGAACGAGCUUGCGAGACAAUUCGGUCAGAGUAGGUUGGACAUUUAUGUCUUGGAAGAAAAUUGGAGAUUCGUGAAAAUGUGCCAGAUGUUCCUUUAUCGCGUAUCACCUGCCGCUUGGAAGGUCAAGUACAACUGGCUUCAACAAUCCGAGCCAGAAAGUAGCAUUACCGUCGGUACUCCAUCGAUCGACCUGCUUAACAGACACAAAACACUAGACGAAAGCGCAUCCUUGGAGAAAUUGAUAGAAUUAUUCGAACAGGACACCACUGAUGCCGGCCCGGCCGUGUUGUACUUCGAUGAUCCAUUCGAUUUAAUCCGCAUCUUCCGGGCAAUGGAGACCCAGAAUUUAAACGCACUCGUACAUCUCGAAUCGCUCGCCGCUCCGAUGGCAGAUAUGGCCACGACUAUCACUGAGACUGAAGCACAAAUCAAACGAGAGAUCGACGAGAUUACUUCAACGAUUGAUGACUUAGAAAAUUUCAUCAUCAAGGCAGAAAAUAGAGCAACAAAUCUCGAGGAAUACGCUAAUUAUCUUCUCCGAGAUGUUUUCCGACACCUCGUGUGCUCUGAAGAAGUACUUUACCUUCACGUAUUCAUAGAGGAUACCUACGAGAGCUGCGUGGGUCCGAACGACGCGAAUCUUGAUAGUUUUUCGAUGAUAAAGUGGAUUGAAAAAAUCCACGAGGAACUUAAUCUCCAGCUAGAUAAUUUACCACGCGAAAUUGUUCGUACUUGCGAGCGAGAAGGUUUUCGUCAAGAAAUGAAGGUUAUAAAGGAAGCGGAGGAUGCCGCGAGAAAGUUCGAACUAAUGCAUCGAUUACUGGACGCUCUGAAGCGCGUUAUGGAACCACCUGCGAGUAAGAAACGACCACUAAAUCGGCGUUCAGUACCGAUCACAACCAAGAUAAAGCCGCCAUUACACUUGCCGAAACCGACGGACAAGGAAGUCCAAUAUCUCACCUUCUUCACCGAUUACUGCAGACACGAUGACUUCGUCACAUAUCGUUCCAAGUUUCCGGAUGAUUUCAAUUUGACAUUCCAGAGCAAGCGAGAUGAUACCGAAAUCGAAACGAUGAUAUUUAAUGACGUAUUUUCUAGUCGAGACCAAAUGCAGGAAAAGAAGAAAGAAGAGGAAGAGGAAAAAGCAGAAGAAAAGAGAAAAUGAAUACUAUUGAAAACGUAACAGAAUGAGCACAUUUAUUUGAAAAUUCCUCGUGCGUAUAUGUAUAUCCAAAAGGAUUCUAUCAGUCUAAUGCGCUACGCAUUGUCGAUUACUUAGCGCUAUUAUAUAAUAAUAUGUAUACAUAAAUAGGCGAUUUAACGAUCAAUGUUGAAGCACAAGAUAAAAUAUUCAGAGAUAAUAAAACACAACAAGAGGCAUCUACAGAGUACAAUAGAAUUCGGAACGAUAGUCGAUAUAAAAACAACAAUCAUACUUGAUCUCUUAGUUACAAAGCGCCAAUUUAUACAUUCCCUCUUAUAAAUUUUAUAAGAAGACUGCGAUAUACACUCCAUCUUCGAGUAUCUCCUUUUCUCUUUACACACGAGCAACUUUUUUAAAUAAAAUCUCUACUAGAGAUCACACAUAUGAGCGAAAGUCUGGAUACAGUCAAAUAUCUUAUAAAUGAAGUUUAAAAAAAAAUAUUUCGUAAGGACUUUUUAAUGUAAAAAUAAGAGAAAUAAUCUGCAAUAAUCUUGACCUUCGGACUUUUGGCUCAUACGUAUACAUACAUACACGCGCGCGUUAUUCAUACAUAUGUGCGUUGCGUGUCUCAGCGCGCGCGUAUGUGUAUAGUGUCCUAGAAAAAGUGUAGGCUCUUUCACUGGCAGAUUUUGUGAAACAUUUCAAGACGAAAUAUUAUUUUAAUUUUAUUAUAUUUAUCCACGAGAGAGUUGUCAACACAUGUGUGUUUACGAGAUGUGCCUGAGCGCAAGAAUUUGAGACGCUACAAUUGGUGAAUUUUAAUGUUUUGUAAUUUGAAAAGAAUUUUACCUUUAAAAGUAAAUAUAUAGCCUCGAUAUUUUAUAUAAGAUUUUUCAUCUUAGAAUCUUUCACAGAUUUUGUCAGUAAAAGGAUUUGCACUCUUUCUAAGAUACCCUGUAUAUAUACACAUAUAAUAUCUCAAUAAUUGUCACUACCUUAGAUACUUUGAAUCUAUAAGAUUUAAAGGAAAAUUUAUAUUUUAUGUAAUCAAAAUUGCACAGUACAAAGAGUUAUCAUAUAACGAUAAUUUUUAUCCAGGUAGAGGCGCUUCGGAGAUUUCAAGGUCAGCUUCUUUUUUUUUUUAAUGGAAUUAUAUGAUUUUUUAAUAUAAUACGA